ACUUCAUUUUAUGGCAGAUUCAGGCACUUCCUGGACAUCAUCGACCCUCGCACUCUCUUUGUGACUGAGAGUCGUCUGAAGGAAGCUGUGCAGUUGUUGGAGGAUUACAAACAUGGGACUUUGCCCCCAGGAGUCACCAACAAAGAGCUGUGGGGAGCUCAAAAAAUCAAGCAGGCCAUCAUCCACCCCGAUACAAAUGAGACCAUCUUCAUGCCUUUCCGAAUGUCAGGUUACAUUCCCUUUGGAACACCCAUCGUUGUUGGUCUCCUCUUGCCCAACCAGACGCUGGCAUCCACGGUGUUUUGGCAGUGGUUGAAUCAGAGCCACAAUGCCUGCGUCAACUAUGCAAACCGCAACGCGACAAAGCCUUCUCCGACAUCCAAGUUCAUCCAGGGCUACUUGGGAGCUGUCAUAAGUGCUGUCUCAAUAGCAGUGG